UUUGUAUUACAUGGUUAACUUUCAGUGACGAAAUUCUCUUAUUUCAAAAACUUCUGUAUGUGAAAUUGUAUUUUGUUAUCUAUAAGAAAUGUAGACAAAUUAUUUUAUACUAGAAUGAAAACUUUGAAUGGGUAAUAUCUCACUGUAUUUCCAGUAUAUUUAGGGACCUGAUAUGUGAUACUGUAACAUUAUUGCAGCCAUAUUUGAAUGGCAGCUUGGUCAUACAAUUACUGUCUUGAAGUAAAAAUCUAUGAAUUUCAUGGUCAAGUCAAGUUCAACAUAAUGGAAAGAGACACAUGCUCACUCCCACUGUUGGAGAAACGGUACAGAGGAACAUCGGGUUAUUAAAUCAAUGUUUUCAGCAAAAUUAUACAACUAUAGAAUAUUCAGUCACGCUUAAACAGACAACACGUGUUCAGAAAGGUAGGUUGUUCAAAACUUGCGUUGCAAAUGAAAGAUGGCUAGCGUUUGAUAUUGAUACAAUGUUGCACUGUACGUUUCCCUUCACCCCCAGUAGGCUAGUAGUUAUAAUGUUGCACUUAAGCCAUAACACCUAUCACGUGCUUGUCUUUGAUCACCAUUUCCCACACUGUGGUAUAGCGUAAAAUACAAGUUACGAUUACUUAAAAUUAUCACCACGCGUUUGUAUCCAUGCAGGUACCAUGGUAUACACCAGGAUCUGGACCAAUCAGCUCAACAAUUGAUAUUAGGCAACAAUGUAACUAAACUUCAACUUAAUUGAUGCAACGCCAUCGUGAAAAAUAAAAUAAGGAUAUUUCUAAGCUUGUACAACAAUGAUUUCAGAAUGGAAACAUUUCCUGACAUUCAAAAUAGCCACUUUCAUAUUAACAAUAAGUUAUAGGCUACUCGCAAACAGUUUUGGCCACACCUAGAUCCUGUCCUAUUUUCAAAAAAAAAAGAGGACCCGUUUCUUGUGCAUUUGUUUGUGUGCGGGUGAGGACCCGGCUGUGUAACUUGAUAGGGGGCUCUGAGAGGGAAUAAGGGAAUGUGUUGCUGCAAUGGAGCAGAAUGUAAUACAGUGGUUAGGUGCUCCCUCCUGUCUGCGUGGAUCCUUUGCCUUCUAUAAGUCAGUGAGCUGUGGGGCCUUGGCCGGGGUCCCUGCACUGGUCUGGAAAUUGGGGGAGUUCUACUAUGUCCGCUGUGGCCCCCAGGAACCUGUGUGCGUAGCUGAGGUGACUUUACUGUGGGAGGACCAGGCCCAGCACCAUCUGCUGGCCAGCUCCACACUCUACUUCCUCCCUGAGGAUACUCCCAAGGGCAGGACCAGAGAGCAUGGAGAGGAUGAGGUGUUGGCCGUCUCGAAGAAGAUAGUGGUGCGGGUGGAGGAUCUGGUGAGGUGGACCUGUUCUGAACCUACAGGGUGGAAAGGAGGAAGCCAGAAGUCCAGUGCGACCAACAGUCAUCACAAACCUACCCCCAUCAUUACCAAUGGACCCCCAGCAUCACUCAAAGAGAAGGCUGAGAGUGAGCGUCUGGGGGUCAAGGUGCUCAGCUACCCCCAGUAUUGCCGCUUCCGCUCCCUGCAGAGACGCAUUCAGGACGGGGUGGUGUUGGGGCUGCAGGAUCCCCAUCUGCUUGCCCUGGGGGGGAUCAGGGUGGCCCAACACAACACCCGGGUCCUCUACUGCAGGGACACUUUCAACCACCCCACCCUAGAUAGCAACACCAGUGUCUGGACACAGCUGGGAUGCACCUCUCUCAGCUUGAAGGGGCGACCCCUCAAGAGAAGAGGCAGGCCAGAAGACCAGAAAGCUGUGGAGCCACCAGCCCUCAACCAAUCAGAGUCCUGGAUAGAAAGAAUGAAGGAGAAUGUGAUGGGCAGUGUGGAGAUGCAAUGUGAGGGGGGCUGGCUCCUCCACCCUGAGGAGCAGAUGUUCCUGGAUCAACUCUACUGCUACAUGGAGCACUGCGGCUCACCCAUCAGCAAGGUGCCCAACCUUGGCUUCAAGAAGAUUGACCUGUUUGUCAUGUACUCUGUAGUCAAACGGCUGGGGGGCCAUGAGAGGGUGACGUCCCAGCGUCUGUGGAAGAAAGUGUAUAAUGAACUAGGAGGAUGCCCGGGCAGCACCAGCGCUGCCACCUGCACAAGGAGGCACUAUGAAAGGCUGAUUCUUCCUUUCGUGGAGCACAUAAACGGAGGUGGUGCAGAACUCAAACUCCCAGCAGCCUCAGGGCCUACCCGGGUUAGGGGGAUGAGUGGGAGGAGACCACUGGUGAAGAGGAGAGGAGCAGAGGCCAACCAGGAGAAGACUGUAACCCCUACCCCUCCUCCAACUAUUUCUCAAGACGGUGUGGUGGUAGUGAAGAGAGGCCGUGGUAGACCUCCAGGCAAAAAGAACCAGGUCAAACUCCUAGCCUCCAAGGCCAGUCCAGUAGUCCUGUCUCCCCCAGCUAAACCCAGCCUGGACCUGGGAGCCCAGCCCCCCCUCCAGGCCCCCUCUCUCGAGUCCCUGUCUGUGUUCCAGGGGCUAAACCUGGCCAACCUGCCACUAACCCCAGACCUGUCCCCCAUGUCUGCCCCCUUCCUCCCCCUCCUGCCCAAAACUGAGAGGGAGGUCAAGAUGGAGAACGGGGAUACUCCAGAACCAUCACCCACUCUGUCUCCUGCCACUUUCUUGCCUGCUCUCCCCAGGCUCCACACAGGGGGGUCCUUCGGAGGGUUCAGCCCCACUAAAGGCCUCUGUACCCUGGAUCUCUUUAGGAGUCGACUGGGCCUCACUAGCCUGGACACCCCUGGUCUAACCCCCCAGGACCAUGCCUCCCACCAGCCCUCCAGCCUUUACCUCCAGGCCAAGGCAGGGAGCCCAAAUGCCACCCUUCCCAAUGGGAACCAGCCCUAUCCCCACCCCCAGUCUCACCACCAGUUCCACCACCAGUGCUGGGGGUGCGGGCUGGAUGAGGAAGCCCAGAGGAGGGGCAGCAGCACCAGGGAGGGCCAUACCAGCAGACCUACCCUGCCCCCUCUCCGGGUCCUCCCCCUGGAUCUGGACUGCAGCCUGCAGGUGCGCCAGCUGAUGCGUACGCGGCUGGGCUCGGCCCAGCUCCACUCUUUCACCAAGCGGCUGUCGGAGGUCUUAGCCCAGGACCUGAGUAGCAAGCCACAUCUGCCCGUCACCCCUCCCCCAGAGCAGGCCCUGCCCCUCAACCUCAGCAAGCGCUCCACCACCAAAAUAUCUGCCUUUGAUGAAACUGACUCCAGGAUAUCUUCAGGGGAUCAGGAUAAUGGUGACUCCACACUCCCCUUAGCUAAAAGGCGUAGAGUGGAGUCGUGUGAUGAGGCUGAGGACCUGAGCUCACCCAGCAGGGCCAGGGCUUUCCUCCUGUAGCUGCCCCAGCACACCACAACUACACCUACCCAGCUUUUCCUCACCAAGUCUGGGGAGGGCCGGGGAGACACCCCCCUGGAGAACCAGGGCAGGACAUUUGACUCUGAGCCAGCAAUCCAGGUGAAGGUGGAAGAGGACCUGAGGGAGAGCAGCUUGGUGGAGCUUGAGGAAGACUGCUCUGUAAGGACAGAGCAGGUGAAAGUGGAGGAGGGAGAAACUGUAAAGAUGGAGGAGGAUGGGGAAGAAGAGAAGAUGGAGGUUGAAACUGUUAAAAUUGAGGAUGGUGUACAAGCGCAAUCAGGGAAAGAUGAAGGAGAAGAGGUGGAGGGGAGGAAACUGGAGUGGAUAGAAAAAUAGUAUAAUACCAUAAAGAUGGGCGAUGGCAUAUCAGAGAGGGUGAAGGGGACUAAGGACUCCUCAGCCCACUCUGCCAGUGGCUCUGGGGGCCAGCAGGUGCCAAUGGACCAUGAGGAGAUGGAAUGUGAUGUUGAGGCAUCUAUCAAAGGGCUGCCCAGUCCUAUCCUGCCCCCAACACUGGCCCAGGCACAGCCAAGCUGCCUGAACACCUACACACAACCCCAACUGCACAUAAGACUUAUGACCAACGCUGACAAUCACUCCACCACUCUACCUUAUGGGAGGAUACUCUCAAACAUACAAUCAAAGACUAAUCCUAUAAACUCCAUAACAACUCACACAACCACACUUUGAAAACACUGCCAUUGCCUUUAGAUGACACCAUUAUAUUGUUCUGUAUAAAACUAUGCAUCAUACAACUUUCGUGCUUCUAACUUUAUUACACAAAAAUUAAGAGUGCAGAAGUUUUUACAACAAUCCACUCAUUUCCUGAAAAGGAUUGGAUAAAAGAUAAAAUAUUUUGCGCUCUAAUUUCUAGUCAUUCACACAGUCACACAGAACAAUAGCUAGGGGUGUAUUCAUUACCAAAUGCAAACAAACGGGACGAAAUGGGAAGGGACCUAUAUGAAUUUGUCCAAUAGAAACUCUAGUUUUCAUUGCAAACUACUUUUCCGUUGCGAAACGUUUUGCUAAAAUGUGCACUAAUGAAUACACCCCAGGAAACAGUGUUUGAGUCCUAUAUGUACUUCCUGUUUGCCAGUCUCCAACACUGACAGGAUUUUCACACCUAAGGUACUUGGUCCCUUUUCUUUCUUUUAUGAGGCAGUCAUUUACAAUAUUUAUGAAUAUUUCCUCUGAUGCCAAUGUUUUGAUAUUUUAAUGUAUGUGUCUAGUUUAGAGAAACAAUGCUGACACCACUUGAGGUUUUUAGUCCUUGGUGCCUUGAUCAGAGUUUGACUCCAGUAAUUCUGUCAGACGGUUGGUAUAUUGUAUCUUGUGUAUGGACCUGGGGUGUACUCAGAUCUGAUUUACAGUAGCAGGGGAAUUCUAUUGACUACAAGAACCAAAGGCCUUUCAUAACUCAUUCAAUGGAGAGAGUACAAGUUUUCAGUUGUGCUAUAUAUAUAUAUAUGAUUUUUCUGAAUAUAUAUAUAUAAUAUUUCUCAAACCAAUAUUUUUUCCCUUUUUGAUAUUCUUAUGAUAUACAGUGAGGGGAAAAAAGUAUUUGAUCCCCUGCUGAUUUUGUACGUUUGCC